AUGAAGUUUGGGCGCAAUUUGUCGCGAAAUGUCGUUCCCGAAUGGAGUUCUUCCUACAUCAGAUACAAGGCUCUUAAGAAGCUUAUCAAGUCCGCGGCAGAGGAAGUGAAGGCUGGCCAUGAGGCGGAUCUUGCUAACUUCUUCUACUCCCUCGAUCGAAAUCUCGAGGAUGUCGAUUACUUCUACAACAAGAAAUAUGCGGAUUUCUCCCGGCGGCUGAAGUUGCUGGAAGAACACUCCUUAGACAAACCCCAACAGCUGGACUCGGAAGAUGUAGAGGACCUACUGGCCGCAUUGCUUGAAUUGCGCGGUCAACUACGCAAGCUGCAAUGGUACGGCGAAGUGAACCGCCGAGGUUUCGUCAAAAUCACCAAGAAACUGGACAAGAAAGUGGGCGUGAAAGCACAGCAAACCUACUUGGAGACCAAGGUCGAUCUGUCGCCUUUCGCCACGAAUGCUCGAGUGAUCGAGUCGUUGAAGACGAUCAACGACUGGCUUUCCAUGCUUGGAGAGCCAAAGGCUUUGGAUGAUGCCAGUUCCACCCACUCCUCCCUUUCCCUAAAGAAGGGCCCCUCCCGCCAGCAUCUCAAUCUUCCUCCAAGUAUGCUCAGUGAAGUGGAUGAAGCCUUGCGCAAGGAUGACACACACGUGCUCCUUGAAUUACUGGAGACGCUGAAGGCUGCAGCGGACGAUAUCGGAGACGCAAUCUAUCCAAAAGUCCUGAAGAGCCUUCUACAGCGGUCCAUCCACUAUCGCUCGAGGGCUUGCAUUUCCACCCUUCUUCCCCGGAUUGGCUCUCUGGAUGAGGAUGAUGAUAUCAACAAGCGGAACUGCCUUCACCGGCUGGUGAUUUCGAUAGGACGGGCACAGUCUUCCACUGACUCCGAACCAAGUGCCUCUAUGGUGCUUGAUUUCCCACUGGAGACUUCUCAUUACAUCACACCUGCAGCGGCUCCUACUAUACAGCCUCCUCGUUCAGUGGUGAAAGAGGCGGAUCAGCCCCAGCGUCUGGACAGGUCCGAUCCUUCUGUUACGCUCCUGCAGUACAUUCUGGAUCAACUCCAGCCCCAGCAGCGUGAGGCGCUACUCGCGAAAGAUCUUUCAGGGCGCACUCCCCUUCAUUAUGCUGCUCAGUAUGGAUUCAAAGUUGUCUGUGAGGUUAUAAUCGAACAUUUGCAGGCUUGGAAUAUUUUCGAUGUCCGUGAAGGAAUUGAUGCGCCGCAGUGGCAGGACAACGACGGCUGGGCCCCUUUGCACCUGAGUGUAGUCGGUGGCCAUCCGCUGACAACGAGAACACUGUUGGAAGCCGAAAAUUGGCAGGGUGUUUCCCAAGAGAAAGCCGCGAUCCGCAAGCAGGUGUCUAAAUCCAGCGCGGUUCUAGCCUUGGCCACCAAGGCCAAUUUUGUGGAUAUUGUCCAACUCCUUGUUGAUGCCGGAGUCGAUAUCAACUACCAGGAUGAUCAGGGUGAAACCGCCUUGCACGUCGCGGCUCGAUUCGGGCAUGAUGCGUGCGCAAAAAUUCUUCUGGAAGGUAGUGAUGACCAGAAGGCAGACACUGAGCUUGCUGAGCACACCUAUUCCUGGACGCCGCUGUUCAUUGCGUGCGUGGACGGCGCACUGGGUGUUGUUGACUUGCUCAUCGAAGCCAACGCCGAUCUUGAGAGGUUGGAUUCUUCUGGCUGGAGCGCCAAGGAGCAUGCUGCUUUGAGAGGCCACCUUGACAUUGCGCGACGUCUGGCAGAGGUGACCCCCGAACCGGAAGUGACAGAGCCGGAACCUGCCACCACCGUCUCGACGCUGUCUUCGAAUCAGUCGUCACCUCCUUCACAAUCGUCCCUUGCCGAGAGGAAGUCCAAUAUCAGUCCCAGUGGGGGUCCUCGGUCGCGCCUGCCUGACCCUAUCAAGACCUUCGGACAUCGGUACCUUACCGAUCAGUCCAUGAUUCUAGUGAGCCUCGGCACCAUGGACAUGCGGAAGCAUAUGGAUGCCGUGAACUUGGACCGUAUUCCUAUGGUCAACGCCCAUUCUACCCAGUUAGAUACCGCCCUGUCCAUUGUUGUCACAGCCAGCGGAGCCCAAGGGGAACCCGAGAUCAUUGAUCUUCCCGUCCAGGAAAGCAUCUGUACGGAGCCAAUUGUUUUCCAUUCAGCAGACCCAGCAAAUGUCCGACUCUUGUUCGAUCUUGUCCCGACAUAUGCUGGCACAAAAGAUCAGAUCAUAGGUCGUGGCGUUGCUUUGCUUUCGAGCGUCAAGCCAACCAUUGGUUCCCACCGUAUGAACCUCAAGGGAGACUCGACGGUCCCAAUCGUUGCAGCUAAUACCCUGGAAGUCAUUGGUUCCGUGACGUUCAAUUUUCUUAUCGUUACUCCCUUCAAGCACCCGAAUAUGUCCAUCACGGGCAACCAGACCUACUACAAAAGUAUGAGCUCAACCAUGGUCAUUGGUCACCGCGGCCUCGGGAAGAACUUUGCUGGUCGCAGGUCUUUGCAGUUAGGAGAAAACACUGUGCAGUCGUUCAUUGCGGCUGCCAAUCUCGGAGCAUCAUACGUCGAGUUCGACGUGCAAUUGACUAAAGACCAUGUUCCCGUCAUCUACCACGACUUCCUUGUCAGUGAGACGGGAAUUGACGCUCCUGUGCAUACUCUGACUCUGGAGCAAUUCCUCCAGCUGGGCGACAGCCGCAAGUCUCGUCAAUCUAUCCCCCCUAGUCAUAACAACGAAAAAACAGCUGGCAAUGUCGCAAGCAAUCUCGCAUUGCGUCAGCGAUCAAUGUCGGUUGGUGGCUCGGAGUUUGACCCCUCAGAAUUGAAUGAGCGGAUCAAACACACUCGGGAUUUCAAGAAGAAGGGCUUCAAAGGGAACACUCGCGGGAAUCACAUUCAGGCCCCAUUUGCGACACUAGAGGAGCUGUUCAAGAAACUGCCCCGAUCGGUUGGUUUCAAUAUGGAGUUGAAAUAUCCGAUGCUCUUUGAGAGUGAGGAGGAGGAGAUGGAUACUUUCGCGGUUGAGCUGAAUUCCUUUGUGGACACGGUCCUGCGCAUGGCCUACGAGCACGGCCAGGGCCGCAACAUGAUUUUUUCCAGCUUCAACCCUGACAUCUGUCUCCUGCUCGCCUUCAAGCAACCUUCUAUCCCGGUGCUCUUCUUAUCCGACUCUGGCGCUUCCCCGGUGAGUGACAUUCGCGCCAGUAGCCUGCAGGAGGCUAUUCGAUUCGCCUCCCGCUGGAGCUUGCUGGGCGUUGUCUCUCAGGCUGAGCCAUUGGUGUUAUGCCCUCGCCUUGUCCGGGUUGUGAAGGAGUCAGGUCUUGUCUGCGUAUCCUACGGAACUUUGAACAACGAGCCCGUGAAUGUCAAGCGCCAAGUGGCCGAGGGAAUCGAUGCAGUCAUUGUUGACUCUGUCCUUGCAAUCCGUAAGGGGCUGACCGAGCAUCAAGCGAGAGGCGAGACGCCAGACACCUCUACACAGCCAAGCCCUCUAGCGGAACCCAAUCGAGAGGCCCUCAAGGAAUCAAUCCACAUACCUGUUCUCGAUCAAACUGUGGAGAAGGACAACCAUCUUCAUAUGAGGCCAGAGGCAGGACUUGAUUCGAGUUCUGCAUGA